AUGCCAGAACAACAACUAAUUGCAAGUCUCUAUACCAUCCAAAACACGCUUCGCCCUUUGGGUAAUGAUGAGAGACCUGAAGAUUACUCGAGAACAAUUGAAGAAAAUAUUUAUGCUGAAAGCUUUAUAGAGGAGAGGAUUAAAGAAAUUAUACCUAACAAGAAUUAUGCAGUUCUCUUUUUGCACAAAUACUACAACAUUAAAAAUAUAGCGCUUCCCUUACUUGAAAGACAAAAUGUUAGAGACUCAAAAAACUUCGAGCAGGUAUAUUUUUUAUUUGAGGCCAUUACACAGUCUGAACUAGUAGAAAAGAAACUACGCAGAUCAUGUACCCAAAUUUACAUAACGCAAAUUCAAAACUUCUCAAUUAUAUUUUGUGCAAACAAUAGCUACUUAUUACCCAUCAUUUGCCCCAGUUUUAUGAGGUUGCAUAUUUUGAAGGAUCAGUUUCCUUAUAUCAUUUUACAAUCGCUAGUAAAUGAUGAUAUCAUAUCAUUCGACAAAUUCUUCCAGAAAGUAAAGGAAGAAGUUAAAAGAAUAAAAGAACAAAGCAAUACGGUUUAUAGGUUAAAUCUAAAUGAUAUGAAAAAAAUGUCGUUUUUAAAAUCUAAUUUCGAAACAUGUAUCGAUUCCCAGAUGAUUGGGAAUCAGCCAAUUUUGCGUUUCCUAAAUGAACAAAAACGGGUAUUCAAGAAAAAUCGACAUAUUGAUGACUGCUGCUGUAGUAUAUUGCAGUCAGUUAAAGAAUCACAGUUGAAAGCGGAUGAAAUGUCGAAUUACAUUAGUGAAGCCGAUGAAGAAUUAAAUCGGUUAUAUGAGGUAAGAGUUACUUCAUUUCGUGGUAUUUUUGUAACGCUGAUUGUAUUUACAUCAAUAUUUAUCGCCGGGCUUUUUAAAGAUAUCUACAAUCACAGUGCCUCUACAGGGAUAAUUAUUGCAUUUAUAUUAUUGGUGAUAUUUUGUGGGAUAUGUUUUUUAAUUUUGAUAUUAUUGUAUUGGCAUAUCUCUCUUUUAUGGUUCCUGCCGUUAAACAGGAACACGGAUGAGAAAAACAAUGAAGAAAACUCGAACACAAGAGAUUUAGAAAUAGUAUAUUCUGAGUUUGAACAAGGUCAUAAUUCAAAUUCCAGCAGUGUUAGAACAAACCCUGAAAAUGUAUAA